UUGCUGCAGGCUCUAAGAUGAACAGAACAAGAAAGGAUGAAAUGAAUAUAACUGACGAUUCAAACAAGAGACGCAAUUACAAUAAGCAAGCUCGUGACAAAAGACUCAAAUACAUGAAGCAAGCUCGUGAAAAAAGACUCCAGUACAUAAAGCAAGCUCGAAAAAACGGCUCUAAGGUGAACAGAACAAGCAAAGAUGGAAUGAAGAUAGCUGAGGAUUUCGACAAGAGACGCAAGUACAUGAAACGAGUUCGUGAGAACAAUGAGAGUCAUAUGGGUCAAUGUCAUACACAUGUUCAUUCAGACAAUAAUGAUGAAGAUGAUAACCUCUCCAUUGCUCAAUUUCUGAGACUUAAUAAGAAGAAGUAUAGUGAUGUACGGAAUAGUGGAAGAGAUGCUUCUGAACCGCUUGGUAAGAUAAGUAGAGUUGAGGCAGAUAACAAUGAUUUGGGGACUUUUCAAAAGCUUGCUUCAAUAAGAGAUGAAAUUGUACCACCAUCAGAAAUUGCGCAUAGGAAUGGAGAGACCGAUGAAGCUGGAAGCAGAGCAGGGACGAAUAUGGAUGAGAGCCCAUUUGAUGAAAACAACUCUUCAGAACCUCCUUUUUGUGCUGACAGAGGAGUAGUUGACAUUGUUGUGUCACCACCAGAGACAAGGCAAGCCUGUGAUGAUGAGCUUGAUGUAAAUGAAAGUAAUGCAGAUAUGUUUGAUGAUGGCAGCAAGCAACCAAAGUGUUUGCUCCACGAAGAUGGUAUCAUUGCAGUAGAGGAGCCGAGCUCAGAUGAGAAGUUGUGCAGUAGUGAAGCUGAGAAGGAAGAUGUUGUUGCUGAUGAUGACACAAUGAACAACAUUGAACCAGUCCCUCAUCAACAGCAUGCUACCAGAGGAACUAAUAGAGAUGAAACAAGCAGAGCAUGCAAGAGUGUGGUUCUGAGCCCAACUGAUGAGUCAAACAUUCAAAUCGCUGUAGGGGAAGGAAGCCAAGGACAGGAUUGUGGGCUUCAAGAUAAUGGCCUCGGAAGUGAUGAAACUUCGAAAUCCAAUGAGCAGUUAGAGGAUUUAGAAAAGAGAAAGAAUGAUUUUGGUGAGGGUGAUGCUGCUAAUGACUCAUACGAAAAGAGAUUGGAAGAGCUGAAGGUGCUGGCAUUGUCGUUAAAAGAGCAUAUUACUAUGGCACAGAGAAAUCUGGCAUCUUUGAAAGAAAGGAGUGCCAUGAGACAGAGAAAAAUUGAAGCAGCUCGUUGGAUCUAGGUAUUGUUUUGAGCAGAUAAAAGAAGGGAGCAGUCAAAUGCAAGUAGAAUAUCAAAGAUCAAUCUCACCUUUGUGAUCUCUAGGUUAAGUAUCUUUUUAUAUUGCUGCUUAGUAUCUUUUGAGAACUGGUUUGCUUUUAAGUGUUUUAUAUUUUAAUUGUUAUCUUUUGAACACAGUUAUGAGCUAAUAGCUUCUUAGUAAAUGGAACAGCCUGAUUCGAUCAUAAGAAAAUACAAAUUAGAUUUAUGAAAGAGAUUCUUACAGGAAAACCAUGUUCACCUAGGGACCAAGAUAACUAAACUCCCUUAUAGAGCGUAA